ACUCCUCUCUGAUGUCACGAGGAGUAAUUGAAACCUUUCUGAAGGCUGCAGCCAUGGAGCCGACCGGAUCCCCGCCUCUCACCGGACUAAAAUUCCGCUAUGGGGAGAAGAUCGGCGGUGGGAACAUGGCGCACUUACUGUGGAUUGACUUUUGCCAGGAGAAACUUUGGGUUACGGCUACAUAGCGCACAACUUGACGCAUCCGAUCGUUAAGUUAAGCCGCAGCGGGCCACGGACAGCCGUCAGUACUGCGUUGUUCUGGAUGGUGUGUUUUCCUGUCCUGCCUCACUGCUGCUGCUGGCGGAUGAAAGUUUGGAGCUGCCGGAUUUAGCAGCGAAGCAGGAUGGAAAAGCAAAGAAGCAGGAAAGAAAAGUUCUCUCUGUUUGGAUCUCGCUCCAUCAGCAGGACCACCACCAACCCUCCCUCUUCAUCCUCCUCCUCUUCCUCCUCUGUGAUCCCUGCAGCCCAGAUGGCGAGAAGAGCGGACCGGCUGCCCGGCCCCGGUGGCCCCGGUGGCCCCAGCGGCCCCGGCAGCCUCGGCGGCCUUGCCGGCCCCGGCCUGAGCAAAGCCGAAUUCCUUGAGCGCGUGCGUCGCAGUAACCAGGCCUGCCAGCAGGGGGACUACACUCUGGCCGUGCGUCUCUACAGCGAAGCCCUGACCGCCGACCCUCAGAACUGCAUCCUGUACAGCAACCGGUCUGCAGCCUAUCUGAGACUGGGCCAGUACAGCACCGCUCUGGACGACGCAAUCAAAGCACGUCUCAUAAACCCCAAAUGGCCAAAGGCCUACUUUCGUCAGGGGGUUGCCCUGCAGUACCUGGGUCGUCAUGCCGACGCCCUGGCGGCAUUCGCCUCCGGCCUCGCCCAGGACCCCAAGAGUCUCCAGCUGCUCGUCGGCAUGGUGGAGGCCGCCAUGAAAUCACCCCUCAGAGACUCCCUUGAGCCCACCUAUCAGCAGCUCCAGAAGAUGAAGCUGGACAAGAGCCCGUUCGUGGUCGUGUCCGUCAUCGGUCAGGAACUGCUGACUCACGGUUUCCACGGCGCCUCUGUCGUGGUCCUGGAGGCGGGGCUGAAGAUUGGCACAUGCUCGCUGAAGCUGCGUGGCUCCGUCUUCUCGGCCCUGAGCUCCGCGUACUGGUCUUUAGGUAACGCGGAGAAGAGCAUGGCCUACAUGCAGCAGGACCUGGAGGUGACCAAGACUUUAGGUGACCAGUCAGGUGAAUGCCGAGCUCACGGGAACCUUGGCUCUGCCCUCUUCUCCAAAGGCAGUUACAGAGAGGCUUUGGCCAAUCACAGAAACCAACUGGUGUUGGCCAUGAAGCUCAAGGACAGAGAGGCGGCGUCCGACGCUCUCAGCAGUCUGGGCCAUGUGUACACAGCUAUCGGCGACUACCCCAACGCUCUGGCGAGCCAUAAACAGUGUGUGCUGUUGGCGCGACAGACUCAGUGCCGGCUCUCCGAGGCUCGCCAGCUGGGCAACAUGGGCGCCGUGUACACAGCACUGGGAGACUUCGCCAACGCCGUUCAGUGCCACGAGCAGCACCUGGACAUCGCAAAGAGUUUGGAGAACCGGCGUGAAGAGGCGCGGGCGUACAGCAACCUGGGCAGUGCUUAUCACUCUCAGCGGGACUUCGACAAGGCCAUUUCGUACCACACACGAGUGCUGGAGCUGGCACAGGAGCAGGGCGACAGGGCCAUCGAGAUGAGGGCAUAUGCUGGUCUGGGGCACGCCGCCCGAUGCAUGCAGGACCUGGAGAGGGCCCGUCAGUACCACCAACACCAGCUGGAAAUUGCUCAGGAGCUGCAGGACAGAGCAGCUCAGGGCCGAGCCUCCUCCAACCUCGGCAUCAUACACCAGAUGAAGGGUGAGUACGAGGCAGCACUGAAGCUCCACAAAGCUCACCUGUCCUUCGCCCAGGAGCUGAAUGAUUACGCCGCCCAGGGGAGGGCCUAUGGCAACAUGGGCAACGCCCAUCACGCACUGGGCAUCUAUGACCAAGCUGUCCGGUACCACCGCCAAGAACUACAGAUCUCCCUGGAGGUGAACGAUCGUCCAUCGCAGGCCUCCACGCAUGGCAACUUGGCUGUGGCCUACCAGGCGCUGGGUGCUCACGACCGGGCUCUGCAGCACUACCUGCACCACCUGACCAUCGCACGAGAGCUCCGAGACACUCAAAGCGAAGCGAGAGCGCUAGCAAACCUGGGUAACUUCCACAGCUGGAGAGGCGAAUACGCUCAGGCCUUGCCAUACUACCAGCAGUACCUGACGCUGGCCCCAGGCCUGCAGGACCUGGAGGGAGAAGGGAAGGUUUGCCACAACCUCGGAUACGCUCACUACUGCCUCGGACAGUACAGAGACGCUGUCAGGUAUUAUGAGCAGGACCUGGCCUUGGCUAAGGACCUGCAGGACAAAUUAGCCCAGGCAAAAGCCUACUGUAACCUCGGCCUGGCCCACAAGGCACUGGGGGAGUACAACAAGGCCGAGGAGUGUCAGAGAUACCUGCUCUCUCUGGCACAAGCCUUGGAUAACACUCAGGCGGUUUUCAGGGCCUUUGGGAACCUGGGGGAUGUGUGUGUGUGUCGGGGAGAUCUUCCAGGAGCUGUGAGGUUCUACCAGCAGCAGUUAACCCUGGCUCAGAAGGUCAGCGAUCAGAAGAUGGAGGCUGACGCCUAUUCGGCACUCGGAUCAGUUCACAGACUGCUCCGUCAGCUGGACACGGCCUUGUCCUUCCAUAGCCAGGAGCUGACCGUCCGAAAGGAUAUCGGUGACCAGCAGGGGGAGUGCCGCGCCCUUGGCCACCUGGCAGCAGUCCACAUGGCCCUUGGGGACUAUGCUACAACCUUCCAGUGCUAUGAGGCCCAGCUCGGGCUGGCGCAGGGACUCAAGGAUGCCCGGCUGGAGGCGCAGGUCCACGGGAACAUGGGCAUCACCAAAAUGAACAUGGGGGUGUUUGAGGAAGCUAUUGGCUAUUUUGAGCAGCAGUUGGCCAUGCUGCAGCAGCUGAGUGGAACUGAGAGCAUGCUGGACAGAGGCAGGGCCUAUGGGAACCUGGCAGACUGCUAUGACGCUCUGGGAGACUACGAGGAGGCUAUUCAGUACUACGAGAAGUACCUGACGAUGGCUCAGAGUCUGAACCAUGUCCAGGAUCAGGAGAAAGCCUACAGAGGACUCGGCAAUGCACACAGGUCUAUGGGUUGUCUCCAGCAGGCCCUGGUGUGCUUUGAGAAGCGGCUGGUGGUGGCCCAUGAGCUGGGUGGAGAAGGUGGGGGUAAGGCUCAGGCUUACUGUGAGCUGGGAACUUUACACAGCCAGCUGGGCAACUAUGAGCAGGCGCUCUCCUGCCUGGAGCACCAGCUGAACAUCGCCCACACAGCAGGGGAUAAAUCCCUGGAGGCAGAGGCAAGCGAUGCUCUCGGAGGCGUUUAUCAGCUGAUGGCGGACAACGAGACUGCGCUACAGUGGCACCAAAGAGCUCUGGACAUAGCAGAGCAGACGGGAUGUGUGAGGAGCCAGUGUCGAGCCUACGGCAACCUGGGGCUGACGUUCGAGGCUCUCGGAAACCACGAGCGGGCUGUGGUCUUCCAGGAGCAGCACCUGAGUGUGGCAGCUCAGACCAACGAUCUGACAGCCAAAACCCUCGCCUACGGGAGCCUGGGAAGGAUACACCACGCACUGCAAAACUACGCUCAGGCCGUGAUGUACCUGCAGGAAGGUCUGCGCCUGGCGGAGCAGUUGGGUCGGAGAGAAGAUGAAGCCAAGAUUCGCCACCGCCUGGGCUUGUCUCUGUGGGCCGGAGGAAACCUGGAGGAGGCGCAACACCAGCUGUACAGAGCGUCCGUGUUAUUUGAGACAAUUCGCCACGAGACGCAGCACAGUACGGAUUACAAGCUCUCUCUGUUCGAUCUGCAAACCAGCUCAUACCAGGCCCUCCAGAGGGUCCUCGUCAGCCUCGGUCGACACGACGAGGCGCUGGCCAUAGCGGAACGAGGACGAACACGCGCCUUUGCCGAUCUCCUGGUCGAACGCCAGAGAGGAAGUCAGCAUUCCGCGAGUACUGACCCCUACGUCCCAGUUACCGUGGAGCACAUCCUGGAGACGGUGAACAGCCAGAGGGCCGUGGUCCUCUACUAUUCUCUGGCUGGAGGCUUUCUGUACAGCUGGCUGAUAUCUCCAGGGGCAGGUAUCGUGAAGUUUAACGAGGUGUAUCUCGGAGAGGCCGGAGUGGAGGUGCCGGAGUUCCAGGACGGUGCUGGGAGCCCACAGGGUGGUGGAGGAGGAGCAGGUGGAGGUCCGCUGUCUCUGGAGCAGCACAUCUGCAACGCGAGAGAAGCUCUGGGAGUGGACAGCCAUUACAGCAGAGUUGGCUCCAGCAGUGAGACAGAAAGUGAAGCUGGAGAUCUGCUGGAGCAACAGUUUGAGGAGCUGAACAACAAACUGACCUCAGCCACCGACCCUACAGGCUACCUCCGCAUGGUGUCCAGAAAUAACCUCUUCAACAGAAGCUGUCAGAGCAUGACGAGCCUGUACAGCGCCACAGUAUCUCCGGUGAAGGACAGCUCGUCGUCUCCGCACUGCAGGCCGAGUAACAUCAGCAAACCUCCUCUACGAGCCCUGUAUGACUUACUCAUAGCACCGAUGGAAGGGGGCCUGAUGCACAGCAGUGGCCCGGUGGGCAGGCACAGGCAGCUCGUGUUGGUGCUGGAGGGAGAGUUGUACCUCAUCCCGUUUGCCUUGCUCAAAGGCAGCUCCUCUAAUGAGUACCUGUAUGAGAGGUUCAGUCUCAUUUCUGUACCUUCUUUAAGCAGCCUGGGAGUGACAGUCAAGCCUCAUCCUCGCCGCAGUGGUCCUUUGCUUUGCUCAGAUGGAGGUUCAGUGGCUGCUGUGGUUGGAGCUCCUCGCCUGCCCUGCUCUGUGAUGGACCGCUGGCUGUGGGGCCCCUUACCUUCUGCCCAGGAGGAAGCUCUUUGGCUGGGGGAGCAGCUGGGGUGUCACCCCCUGACUGGAGCAAACGCCACAAAGGAGCGCGUUUUAGCAGCUCUGAGUCAGGCAGAGUGCGUCCACUUUGCGACUCAUAUAUCCUGGAAGCUCGCCGCUUUGAUUCUCGCCCCCAGCCAAGAGCACGCCGGAGGCGACGGGGCGAGGGAGAAGUCGCCGUGUGCGGCGACGGCCUCGGGCGAGACUGCAGCUCAGGAUGGGAAGAUCAGGGGUUCAUUUAAGAGUCACAGCAGCCCGGAGAGACUCAGAGGAGCUGACGAAACAAGUGAGGAUGGAGAAAGUGUGUGUGAAGUGGAAAGUGUGUGCGACAGUCCACCGCUUAAUGACUUCCUCCUCACCGCCGCUGAUAUUCUGGACCUGUGCUUGAACGUCAAACUGGUGGUUCUGAGGUUGUACCCGGAGUCCAGCAGCAGGGUGACGGCUGACGGGGUGGUGGGUCUGACCCGAGCCUUCUUGGCUGCGGGGGUUCAGUGUGUGUGCAUCUCUCUGUGGUCGGUGCCGAUAGCUGCCUCCAAGCUGUUCACACACACCUUCUACACGGCCCUUCUCAACGGGACCAAAGCCAGUUCAGCUCUGACGGAGGCCAUGAAGACCCUGCAGAGCAGCAAGCACUUCUCACACCCGUCCAACUGGGCCGGUUACAUGCUCAUUGGCAGCGAUGUGAAGAUGAACAGCCCCAUGUCGCUGGUCAGCCAGGCUCUGGUGGAGAUCCUGCAGUACCCAGAGAGGGCCAGGGACGCCCUCAGAGUGCUGCUGCACUUGGUCGAGAAGUCUCUGCAGCGUAUUCAGAGCGGUCAGUGUAACCCGAUGUACACAUCGCAACAAAGCGUCGAGAACAAGGUGGGCGGGGUGCCCGGCUGGCAGGCCCUCCUGUCUGCCGUGGGUUUCCGGCUGGACUUCUCUGGCAGCGGUGCUGGUCUCCCUGCGGCAGUCUUCUUCCCCACCUCCGACCCCGGGGAUCGGCUGCAGCAGUGCAGCACCACUCUGCAGUCCCUGCUCGGUCUGACUCCUCCAGCUCUGCAGGCUCUCUGUAAACUGGUCACGACGUCUGAGGCCGGCGAGCAGCUCAUUCAUAAGCUUCACCAAGUGCUGGUGCAGUUGCAGUCGGGCGACAAAGACCAAGACUUUUCGCUCUCUCCCAUCCAAGUGUCGAUAAGCGUGCAGCUCUGGAGGCUUCCGGGCUGCCACGAGUUCCUGGCUGCGCUCGGGUUCGAUCUUUGUGAGGUGGGUCAGGAGGAGGUCGUGCUGAAGACCGGAAAGCAGGCCAGCAGGCGCAUCAUGCAUUUUGCCCUUCAGUCUCUUCUGGCCCUCUUUGACUCCACAGAGCUUCCCAAGCGCCUGAGCAUGGACAGCUCGUCCUCCCUGGAGUCCCUGUCCUCCUCCCAGUCAGCCUCCCAGCCACACUCGUUACCCCUCUCCUUCGGCUGCUACCCACCUCAGGCCUCGUUCUUACCCCCGGUCUGCCCCGACAACCUCUCCUGCGACGCCAUCUCCGUCUACAGCCUCAGCUCCCUCGCCUCCUCCCUCAGUUUCCUGUCCCGACCUGAGCCCGCAGGAAGUGACAUCAUCAGCCAGCGCUCACAUCAGCAGGAGCUCGACGGGCCCCGCGGGGGAGGCGGCCUCUACGGCUCGCACCGCCAUUCGGGUGGCCUGCAGAGAGGUCGGCUGACCAGUCACGGAGGAGGAUUAACGGGAGAAGGGGAGGAAGAGGAGUACGAGGGGUACUCCAUUAUAAGCAGUGAGCCGUUAGGGCGAGGGAGGCGGGAGUGUGACACGCUGCCGCUACCCACAGGGCACAGACAAGGCAGAGGCAAUGCUGGGAAAGGGUGUGCCGGCGGUCACGGGUACCCCGUUACAGUUUCCUCCAAGGGAAGCAUCAGCACGCCGACGUCUCCCAUUAAAGCUCCACCGCCGCCCCUGAAAGUCCCUACCAGCCCCAAACCCAGCCAGGAAAUCUCAUCUCCUCAGAGGACGGGGAAAGGAAAGGUUAGCAGCUCUGAGUCGGACCAGUCGAGUACAGAGACAGACAGCACGGUCAAGUCCCAGGAGGAGAGGACGAUGCCUGCAGGGCAACUGGAUCCCCAGGAACUGGCCCAGAAGAUUCUGGAGGAAACCCAGAGCCACAUGCAAGCUGUGGAGAGCCUGCAGAAAGCAACCAUUAGAGGGAAGACGCUGAGGGGUCCCGAGGGGAAAGAAGAGCCACGUGUCAGGCAGUCUUCUCUGUCUACUCCCACAACCCCAACUCUGACCCCCACCGGAGGUGCGCGAGGGUUUCAGCCUUCUGAGACCAGCGCGUUCAGCAGACCACCAAGUAGAGCCAGUCUGAAGGCUCGCUCCUCUCCUCUUUCCCUCUCCAGUCACCUUUCACCCCUCUCCGUCUCUGUUUCAACACCUCCCCCAGUUCGUCCUAAACCCCCAUCCCGCUCGUCAUCGCUGCAGAAAAUCAGCUCGGGCUACAACAGCCCAGCUCAUUCCUCUCCUUCUUCGUCUCUGUCUGUGAAAGACCAGGGGUCACCUUUCCUCACAUCUUCUUCAGAUGGCCAAUCGCAGGCUCAGCUCAAACUCAAGUACCCUACCUCACCUUACACCGCCCACAUCUCACCUUCGCACUCUCCUGCUGACAGCGCCCCGUCCCCGGCCCUUUCCUAUUCCUCCACAGGGUCCGUGUCGGCCUCCUCCAGCCCUGCAAACACCCCUGAACUGAACCCGUCAAAACAGGACAGUAAGGUCCAGGCAAUUCAUAAUUUAAAAACCUUCUGGGCCAACGCUGGCCAGAAGCACGAGGCGCCCUGUCCUGCCAGCUUACUCCGAGGUGGGAAUAAGAAAAUGAGUACAGUCCAGAAAGAUGUUUUGGGUUUGCUCAAUCUCUCACCCAGACACGAGUCGGCCAGCAAAAACGUGGAGGGAUCUGAGGAGCACAACGCUGGCGACAGACCAAACGGUCACCAAAAACUGGAGGGUAAACCACCUCCACCUCCACCUCCAUCUUCGAAUCUUCCCACAAACUCUAAAGGAGGCAUCAGACUUCCCUCUGCGAACGGAUACAAGUUUCUCUCACCUGGACAUUUUUUCCCAUCGUCUAAAUGCUGAGAUGUUCUCCACGCUGAACUCGGAGCCAGAGGGCCGAGCUUCUCUCUCACCUUUUGCCGUUUGUACUUUGACAGAAGCUGUCCAUUUGUCAGCUACCACACUUUUAGCAAUACCUGCUGACGACGAGGAUGAAAAAGUACCAUUUCAUACUGAUGGUAAUUUUACAUUUCAUGAAGGGAUGUUAAUGUUUUGAAUGUGAUGACUGUGCCUUCUUCUGGAGAGACAAACUGGAAGGACAAACUGACCCUGAGAGACGUCUCGAGUCUCUGGCUUUAAUUGUGUUUUCAUGACCGACCAGAGAGCAUGUGUCUCAAUGCCUCCAUGUACUGUACUCAGAGUCUGCUGACUGAAUGCGUGAGAAAAUGGAGAACGUUUUACGUCAGCCUAAACGCUCGCUAUAUUUGUGUAAGCUGACCUGAAUUUGAUUUUGGUUUGUUGUAUAAUUAUUGUUAAAUGUCAUUAUCAGUGCUUACUGUUGUCUUUUAUUUUGUAAGGUGUUUUCCAGUCAUUAUUAUACAUUUUAUAAAAACAAUUAAACCGAGGAAGAAGCGAUGAGAA